UUCACCGACAUUGACGAAAUUUUACAAAAAACUUGUAAAAUUAUUCAUUUUUAAUGAAUAAAAAACGAAAAAUCUCAUAAAUAUCCGUGCCUAAACGUAAAAUUUGUUGGAAAAUCAUGUUUCUUCAGUGUAUUUGCCGUUUGUGCUUGACAAAAUUCGAUGAUCCGAAUCAAUUGUUUGUAUCGUACGACUAUAACUUAGACUACGCUUUGGCGUCCAUUUUUAACAAAGAGAUUCAACCGGAAUUUCAUCAUUUAUACAAAAUUUGCGGCCCAUGCGGCAACAAAUUGCUGGAUUUUCACAAUUUUUAUGUCAGUGUCCUGCAGAACGAGGAAAAACUAUUGGAUAUAGUUUUAAACCAGAAACUUGGGAUAGUUGAGGCCCCAAUUGAGGUCCCGUCACCGCCAAUUGUGGAAAAUUCGACGCCAAUCUACGAAGAAAUCUCAUCCGGAAGCCUGUCUCUUCCCGAGGAAGAUAUCGAAAUGUCGGAUGACGGCGACUCAUUUCAUGAAAAUUUCAUCGACUCGUCAUCGUCUGUCACCAGCACAUGCGAAAAUGACCCGAACCUCGAUAAUUGCAUGGAAAAAUUCAUGAAACUGUCUGAACCGCAACCGAUGGAAGUGGAAACUAUCAAAACGCAUGAAGAUUCUCGACGAAAAACGCGCUGCAACGAAUGCGGCGUCUACGUCAUGAACUUAUCGCAACACAAAAGAUGCGUUCACGAGUUUUCCGGGCAGCAAAAGUGCGAAGAUUGCAACUCGGUGUUCACGAAUCGCUUGAAACUCCUGAUGCAUCGUUACUACAAACACGUUCCGCCCCGAUUUGAGUGUCCGCAUUGCGAUAAAAAGCUCAGAACUAAAGGACUUUUACGAGAACACAUCUACCAAAAACACUGCGAAGGCGUUUAUCUCUACCAAUGUGACUACUGCGAGGCUCAAUUCAAUUACCGCACGUCUCUCGUCAUUCAUCAGAAGCGUUUGCACAAGUCGCAGUACGAAAUCGCGAAAAAUCAUCGCAUGGCAAUGAGAUACAGACCAUAGAAUGGUCGAUCCGCCUUCAAAUUUAAAUGAACGACUUACCAUUUUUUCAAACUUUUGACUAAAUUAUGCUUUGAUUCCUUUGAUUGAUAUGUCACUUAUCAAAAAUUGUACUUUAAAAUUUGAUUUUGACACAAAAAAAACUAUUGCAUCCUUUAAAUAUUAAAAAAAUAAUAAAGAAAUACGAGAUUUUUAA